UGAGUAUAUCAGUUUAUUAUUUAUUUAUUUUAACACAUAGAUAUUGGUACAAGGAGGCACCAAAUACAUAUGCGCCACACGAAUCUCAAUUGAGGGAGGCUGUGAAACUGCCCGGGUGCCCAAACCGAAGCAGGUGGUUUUCUUAGGGGGCCACACCCACAAGGCAGUGGAGCAUCGUAAGGAGAUGCAGUCCCAUGGUAGCCGGUAACCAACUAUUGGUUCAUACGUCAUUUGUUCCCGCAGGAUACUGGAGCCCAUGUGCACCAUUGGUUUGGGAUCUGGUUAAAGCGCCGGACAUUCGCUCUUCAUCCUCUCACUUUCGUAAACAACACCCCCGCCACGAGAAGGCAGUGAGUAGGGCUUCCCUGGCAGAGGCUGUAUACAUGUGGCCGUGUGAGAGCAUUUCGAGAGGAAGGGCGAACCCACCCCACUCUCGGCCGUACCAGGGGAUUUGGUGGCAAUGAUGAGUAUCUCAAUGUUUGAUGAUCUAUCCUAAGUACUGGGAAUAUUGUAAACAUUACUGAUUAGUCUCAACGGUAUAUUCUGACCUUACUACAAAUCACUAGAAUUAGCUACAAAGUGGGAGAACUAUUCAGUAUUGUCCUUCCUAAAAUACAAUUCUUGAAACGAGUUUAGUGUCUUCCGGAUUGAUGUGGAAAAACAGUUGCGAUGCAUCUUGUACCUUUCACUGUUUUAGAUACACCAUUGAAAUCUACUUAGAUUACUAGGAGUUGCUUAUUACCCUAAAUCUAGCAAACUUCUGGGAGAUUUCGAAACAUGAGUUCACGUAUUCGUGAUCAUAUGAGAUUAUUCUUGUUAACUGUACUCAAUGAAGAUCCCCGACUGUUGUCUUUAUGCACGCUAAAUGAAUUGACGUCUGUAUUUGUACAAGAAAUGAAUAUUGAACUCAGUGAAAGAUCACACUCAAAGCUUAAACAUUUUGUGUGCUCUUUUUUGUAUAAUUUGAUGAAUGAUGAGGGAGUUGUAACAAAUGGUGUGGAUCUCCAUGCUCAGAAUUAUUGCUUACCAGUUAAAAACGCUUCUUCUACACCCGAAACACGAAGACGUGUGGUCAUGCUUUCUCGUGAUGAAGUGAUGGCAUUGGCGGCUGCUACUGUUACUGAUAAAACAAAUCCUGCUGUAUCUAUAUCGAACGAUGGGGAAAGUGUUAGUAAGCGUAUUAAACAAUUACGUCAAACUCCACUAAUUGGAACUAGGUCAACUGUUCGAACAUUUGUGAAUAAACCUAUAAUAAUUAAUGAAGUUAAAAGUCCAACCUCAUCUAAUUUAGAGGUUACUCCUCUUAGAAAUAUUCAACUCAUACAAACACCUAGAAUGAUUGAAUCAUCUAAUCAAAAAACGGAAUCUUUUAAAAGUAACUCUGCUAACAACAAUAAUAAUUCAACUACAAUGUCUAUCAAUAAACCAAAUUUAUCUGCAUUUAUUUCUCAAUCUUCAAUAAAUGAUUGUAAACGUCAUAUAUCUGUUCCGUCGUCUUCAUUCAAUUCUACUACUAAUACUACUACUGCUACUAAUAAUGGUACCAAUAAUAUUUCAGCUACGAAAACAGGUAUAACAAUAAAGCGACAAUUAAGUGAAGCAGUGAUAUCAAUUCGACCUGCAACUAGUCGUUUGUUGGACAACAAUUAAAAUUGAUGGUUUUGAUACAUAUAACGAUCUCGACGUGUAUGGAUAUAGAGAAGAUCGUAUUCUCAUACUUCUGUUUUGGAACCAUUCAUUUCACUUCAAAGAAGAUAAUACGCUUAUUUUUUCGUCCUGCAUUUCUUUUCAUACACAUCUUCAUGUUAUUAUUAGUGUACACAUACGAAAAAGAGAUGAUUUUCAGCUUUCUGAUUCUGUUAAACAACAAUCAAAAUAGGUGUCAUAGAUUUAUUCGUCUAAAUUUGUAAAUAAUCAGUAUUUACCUGUUCACUGUUAUUUACACCACAGGUUGUUUUUAAAUACUGCAUAAACAGAGUUAAACAAUAGCUGUAUGAUCUUUCAUUUGUUCAUGAAAUUCAUGUAAAUGGUACUGUAUUCAAUAGAGACUUAUUAUUCAUUAUGUAUAAAUAUAAAUACAAAUAAAUAUUUCCUUAUUUACUUUUUAACAUAAUUACACACUAUCUUGUAUUAGUCGAUAAAAAUUAGGCUGUAAAUACUGAAAAUAUAAUGUUAUCUACA